AUGGCUUCGGCGUAUAACAAUUCGACGGGGGAUCUCACUUCACAGAUCCUCCAGGCCCUGGACAAGGCCGACCCAAUUUCCUCGGCCGAAGCCUUCCCUCAGGUCACUUUCGAGGCAAUCAAAGCCGCCCUUGACCGUCUCGCCUCCCGGUCGAUGGUUACAUAUGAACAAGUCGAGCGCGAGGAGGCUUUGCUGGAACCAGAGGCGGAGGAGAUUGUUGCCCAUGGCAGCCACGAGGCGCGCGUCUUUGAGGCCGUUCGCAAGGCCCUGGACGGCCUUACCCUUCAGGAUCUCGAGACGACAAUUGGCGACAAGACUGUAACCAAGUUGGGUCAGGGCAAGGCCUUCAAAGAGAAGUGGAUCAAGAAAGACGGCACCAAGCUUGUUGCGCUGCUCAAGAAGCGCAAACUGUUGAAGAUGCAGAAGGUUAUUUCUUUCAGAAUAAGCAAAGGGCCAAAAUUUGCCCUGCAGCUGGUUAAGGAAGAAACAGACCUCACUGCCGAGCUGAUUGUGUCUGGCGCUUGGAAGACUGCUACCUUCAGAAUAGCUCACACAGUCCCAGAGCCCUACAACUUUAACGCCCUGGGUGCGGACCAGCGUGCAGGUGCCCUUCACCCCCUGAAUAAAGUCCGCCAAGAGUUCAGGCAAAUCUUUUUCGAGAUGGGCUUUACCGAGAUGCCUACAAACCAAUUUGUUGAGUCGGGUUUCUGGAACUUCGACGCUCUUUUCGUUCCUCAGCAACACCCUGCUCGUGAUCUGCAAGAUACCUUCUACGUCUCAGACCCUCCCAAGGCCGAUAGGCCGAAGCCUGUCUCUGCCGAGGACAAGCAAGAUUAUGACGAGUACUUCCAGAACGUCAGACAAGUUCAUCAGGAUGGGAAGUAUGGGUCUAUUGGGUACAGAUACCCAUGGUCGGAGGAUGAGUCGCUUAGACUUGUUCUGCGGACACACACAACCGCCAUCUCAGCGGCCAUGCUUCAUAAGCUCGCUGGUCAGAGGACCAAGGAUGGACGUGUCCCUCCGGCGCGGUAUUUCUCCAUCGACAGGGUCUUUAGAAACGAGACCGUCGAUGCAACUCACUUGUGUGAAUUCCAUCAGGUGGAAGGCGUGAUUGCUGACUACGGUCUCACUUUGGGUGGUCUUAUGGAAUUCAUGGAGAUUUUCUUCGGUGCCAUGGGUGUUACCGAUCUUCGGUUCAAGCCUGCCUACAAUCCCUACACAGAGCCGAGUAUGGAGAUCUUCUCGUACCACAAGGGGCUCAAUAAACUCAUCGAGAUUGGCAACUCGGGCAUCUUCAGACCGGAAAUGCUGGAGGCCAUGGGUCUGCCAAAGGACAUGGUGGUGUACGGUUUCGGCUUGAGCCUGGAACGGCCGACCAUGAUUAAGUACGGUAUUUCGAACAUUCGGGAGCUGUUGGGACACCAGGUCGAUCUCAACUUUGUGCAGAAGAAUCCGGCAGUGCGGCUAGACAAGAACUAG